AUGACAUCCUCCAACACCCUUCUAGAACCAAUAGCUGUUAUACGUAUAGCAUGUGAAUUUGAAGGUGAUAUUCAUUCACCAAAUGAUUUAUGGCAUAUAUUAAAAGAAAGUCGUGAUAUUGGUAGUGCAACACUAAUUGAUCGAUUUGAUCCUGAAUCAUUUACUGCUCAUAUGACUAAUAUGGAUAAUAAUGAACAACUUCAUCAAAUACUUCUUCGUGAUGAUGCUGAACCAGCCAAUAUUGAUCCAUAUCAUAGAUCACCUAUAUUAAAAUUUAUUGAUUUACUUGAUGGUGCUGGAUAUAGUGUUAAAAAAAUGAGUGAUACAAAAACGUCAGUACAUAUUGGAUAA